AUGGCGGGCGAGGGUGGUGGAAAGGUGUCCUUCAAAGUGACUCUCACCUCCGAUCCAAAGCUUCCUUUCAAAGUGUUUAGUGUCCCGGAGACAGCACCUUUCACCGCUGUUCUCAAAUUCGCCGCCGAAGAGUUCAAAGUGCCUCCCCAGACCAGCGCUAUCAUCACUAACGAUGGUGUUGGAAUCAAUCCUCAACAAAGUGCAGGCAAUGUCUUCCUGAAACAUGGUUCCGAACUACGCCUCAUACGGAUACCUCGUGAUAGGGUUGGAGCAUGUGGGAUGGAGGAAUUUUACUCUUUCCGUGCAUCAUCCUAG